AUGUCGUCCGAGGAAAUGGAGAAACCGAAAGAAAUGGGGAGAAAGAUCAACGAGAAGUCAGACUCUGAAUCGGACAAUGAAGGAAGCGCCAUGAUGGGUCGACCAGGUUACUCUAAAAUGUUUAACCGCAGCGUCUCGGGCGGCGAAUCGUUUGCAUCUCACAUCCGACGCAACCGUGGCUCCUCCACCUCGAUGGCUGACAAAACCGGUCGUGGCAAUCGCUAUAGCCGCGAAAAUUACCUCGCUGAGGCAAAGCUACGUAAAAGGGAGAGAUCAAGACCCCAUGCAUAA